CAUAUACACACCCCCUCCUCCUGCCAAACUCCCAGGCCAGCGUCGCCAUACGGAACAUCCUGCCCUCAACGGAGAGGGGGAGGAGAGAGAGAGAGAGCCUGAGAGUGUGUGUGUGUUCAGAGAGAGAGAGAGAGAGAGGUAGAGAGAGCUCGUGCGUGUAUUAAGAGAGCGAGAGAGACGAGGUCUGGCUUCUUCUGGUAGUAAAUUAUCAGAUUUCGAGCGCAAAAACUCGCAGAAACAGACAGAUCGGGAGGCAUCGUGGAAAUCUGCUUCAGCGGUGACCGGAACCAGCAGCAGGAGCGCGUGAAGCCUUGGAUUAAAAAGCCCGACUACAAGGACGGAUGGUCGCGCAGACGGGCGGCUCGCUCUGAAGUUGGACAGACUACCGAGGCACCGAGAGCAAGGAGCCGGCGACAGCCAGCAGCAGCUUUUUUUUUCUUUUUUGGGGGUCCCUCCACCUCCCAGAACCCCCCACCCCUCCCACACCGGUAAAGGCAGCAGCAUCGGCGGCGGCACCGGGAGGCUGUGCCCGCGCACCCCGACCAUGGAGCUGCCUUGGCUGCUGGCGCUCACGGCGCUGCUUGCUCACGCCACCACGGGACAGAAGUGGUCGCUGCCUAUCGAUGACGAAGGGUCGGCGAGAGAUGAAUUUUACGACGACGAGGAUCUCUACUCGGGCUCUGGCUCUGGCUUUCCUGAGAUCGGUAUGAGGCCAACAUCAGUAGCUGUCACGUUCACCACAGAGGAACCCCUACUUCUCUCCACCACCCAAGCAACCGACCUCGCUCCCUCUGCACCGCCUGCAGCAGAGCCUAGCCCCAACCCAGAGGACCCGACGACCACCCCUCUUCUCACUGAAGCUGAGGGAGAGAGCGGCGUGUUCUUGGAUAGGGACCUGGAGAGGGAGAGGGAGCUGGAGCGGGAGCUGGAGCUGGAAAAGGAGAGGGAGAGAGAAAGGGAGAGGGAAAGGGAGCGUGUCCGAGAGAUGGAGCGAGAGAAGGAGAGGGAGAGAGAGAGGGAGAGGGAGAGAGAGCGAGAGAGGGAGAGAGAGAGGGAACGUGAGAGAGAGCUGGAGAGAAUCCGGGCCGCCGCCAAGACCACUGCCGCGCCCCGGUCCCCUGCUGCCGUUCCUAUGUUCACCACCAAUCCUGCAGCCAGUCCUGCUGAAAGUGCAGCGCCCUCUGCUGGUUCAGAUGACCUGAGCGCCACAGAAGAAGAGGAAGACAUCUACCUUUCGCCAGAGCCCAGCUUGCUUUACCCAGGAUUCACUGAUGUAACCACUACAGAAGAAGACAUGUCCAUCACACCAGAGUCAACCCCUGAGCCCAGCACAGCUGCAACAACCACUGCUACCACUGUCAAGACCAGGACCCCCUUCAGGCCCAGGGUUCCCAUGAUGACAACGACUCAGGCGGUGCCAACAGAGAGGACGACCCGCCCACAGCAGCCCACAACAACACAGGAGGGCACCAACGAAGUGGGUGCUGCAGGACCAAGUGGAGAUUAUGAAAUCAUGGAUGGACGCCGCAAUAAUCUUGGCAGCGAAAUGGCGGGUGGACCUGAUCUUAUGGGCAACUCUGUGGACGGAGGCAGCUCCGCGGCCCAGCUGCCGCAGAAGAACAUCCUGGAGAGAAAAGAGGUCUUGAUAGCGGUGAUAGUGGGAGGCGUGGUGGGCGCCCUGUUCGCUGCCUUCCUGGUGAUGCUGCUGGUGUACAGGAUGAAGAAGAAGGACGAGGGCAGCUACACGCUGGAGGAACCCAAACAGGCCACCGUCACCUACCAGAAACCGGACAAGCAGGAGGAGUUUUAUGCAUAACACUGACACGCCAGAGAGACACGCCGCACACCGGGAAGGGAGAAAGAGCGAGCAAGAGAAGAGCGAAAGAUACUCUAUAAGUCCUGCCCUUCCUUCUCCUCCUCCUCCAUCCUUCCUACUCCUCUUCUUCUCCCCCCACCCUCCUUAUCUGCUCGGGUCUCCUCAUCCCUCUCUCCUCCCGUCUCCAUACUUGAGAGCGCCUUUCUCUCUGCGGACUUGGAACCUUCUUUUCAAAGAAAACGAGAAAAAAAGAGGACAAAAAAAGGAAAAAAAAAAUCCAAAUAUAUUCAGAAAAAAAAUAACACGUACACGCGAGAUGUUUUUAAAGUAAAUGUUGUUAUUAAUAUUCUACAGAUUCUCUUGUUCUGUAUGUAAUGAUAUGAUUAUUUUGUAAGAAAACAAACAAAACAAAACACAUGCUCUUGCAACCUGUGUUUUCCAGCACACACACACACACACAAAAAGAGCGAGAGAGAGAGAGAGAGAGAUCCUCUUCUGUUUUUAACGGAGCAAAUCUGAAAAAAAGGCCUGAAAGGGGAGAGGAGAGGGGUGGAGACGGGUGGAGUGAGCCUAUGGACAGACUAACUAUUAGAUCGGGCUCUACUCUGCCUCUCACCACCACCACCCCCACUCUACACAUACACUUAAAAAAAAAGAAAAAAAAAGAAAGAAAAACAAACCAUACAGAGCGUCUGGUUGGCCGCACAGAGCCCGGGGUCAAAGGUGAGAGGAAAGGUCUCUUUUGUGUGCCUUCCGUCAAUCUGGUGCUCAAAGACACACAAACGCACGUCCACAAAGCCACGCAUAAACACACGCUAACACACACAUACGCGCGCGCACACCCACUCGUAUCUGCUCGAAGGUGGCGCUGACCUCUCGCUCUGUGCUCGGCCAACCAGAAAACGGUGCUCAGUGCUCGGCGUGUUUCACAACGUCAAGGAGCCGCUGUGGAGACACCGGCAGGCCCCCCUCCCUCUGCUCCUCUAAGCUGUAUAAAGACUAGUUAUGGAUAGUAAUAAUAAUCAAUAAUAUAUCAAUGUUCUUGGGCUGGAUGGUGAACAAUAAUAAUAAUGAUGAUGAUGAUGAUAAUAAUGCCGUAAUAAUAAUAAUAAACAGGAGGAUGUGUAUUUAGCAGUUUAAAAAAAGAAAAAAGUUUAUAUGUAAAUAUCAGCGUAUCCUUUCUGGCGUCACUAACCAUCUGCAUGACCAUGAAGAGUUUUUAUCCAUCACAUCACGUCAUCCCUUUAGAUGAGCUGUGCUCUUGUCACACACACACGUACGCAUGCACACACACACCAAACACACAACAGCUGAAAUAAAACUCGCAGCGCACUGAAACACACCGCGCCGACGUUAAGUAGACUGUAAAUCAUAUCACACGAGCGCAUAUCGAACCCCUCGUCGCCGUCAUCGCCAUCAUCAUCGUCGUCAUAGUGAUAGUCAUCACUUGUGAUUUCCAGCAAGAUCAGGUGGUUUCAAUGUUAUUGGUUAGUUAUCGAUCAGUUGCCGGUUGGUUUAGAGUUUGGUCUGUUUGUGUAAAAGCACAACUCCACGUCUGGCCAUCAUCCGAUAAACGCCCUCCACCCCACCCCUCUCACACACACAUACACACACAGCCAUAAACGCACACACCCUUUUGCAUGCCUCACCUUAUGAUUUUUUUUUUCUUUCUUCCAUCAUUGUCUCUCUGUUUGGGGAUGGGAGGGGCCUCUUGGAAGUGUGAGGGGCUUUAAUGAAAUUUAAAAAAAAAAAAAGUUGCUCCCACGU